AUGGAGACUCCAGGCCUCACUGCCCUCUGUGCUCUGCUGCUGCAACAAGUGCAUGUGGUGGCCUGUGGCAAAAUCCUGGAGGAGACUUAUCGGAAGUGGCUGCGAUACAAAGACGACUGUUUUCAAAUGAUAAAAAACGAAAUUCUUCCUGAAGGUGGUCUGUUCUGUAACAGGACAUUUGACCAUUAUGCCUGCUGGCCCGACACAGCAGCUGGGAGCAUGGUCAACAUCUCAUGUCCUUUCUACCUGCCCUGGUUCGACAAAGUGUCCCACGGUGUGGUUCGCAGACACUGUGGCCCUAAUGGCCUCUGGGAGGAGGAUGAUUUCGGGCAGGUGUGGAGGGACAAGAGCCAGUGUGAGGAAGAAACAGAAGUCACUGCUCAAGAGUUAUGGAUAAAUCAACUGAUGGUGAGUUUUAGGACGCUGUACACCGUUGGAUACUCAUUAUCACUUUUCACACUGACUAUGGCUCUUAUCAUCCUUCUAAGCUUUCGAAAACUCCACUGUACCAGAAAUUACAUCCAUGCCAACCUGUUCCUGUCGUUCAUUCUGAGAGCUGUGUCUGUGAUAGUCAAAGACAUGAUGUUGGAGAGGCACUGGGGACGAGAAAUCAUCAAACACUCAGACGUUACUCACUUGUUAAGUCAUCAGGCUACGAUUGGCUGCAGGAUUGCCCAGGUCAUGAUGCAGUACUGCGUGUUGGCCAAUCACCACUGGUUCUUCGGAGAGGCCCUUUAUCUAUACUCAGUGCUCAUUUCAUCUGUGUUCAUUGAUAACGAUAAAUUAUUACUCUACAUAUGUUUUGGAUGGGGAACGCCAGUGCUCUUUGUGGUUCCCUGGAUCGUGAUGAAGUUUUUAAAAGAAAACAACGAAUGUUGGGCAUGUAACGAAAACAUGAAUUACUGGUGGAUAAUCCGAUUUCCCAUUCUUUUUGCUUCUCUGCUCAGAGCUGGUAAUCAACAAGGAUAUCCAGACUAUAAGCUCAGGCUCGCCAAGGCUACUCUCACCCUAAUCCCGUUGUUUGGAAUCCAUGAGAUCAUUUUCAUCUUCGCCACAGAUGAGCAAACAACAGGCUUGCUGCGCUAUAUCAAAGUAUUUUUCACACUUUUCCUCAAUUCAUUUCAGGGAUUUAUUGUAGCUGUGCUGUAUUGUUACGCCAAUAAAGAGGUGAGAACAGAGUUGAAGAGAACAUUGCACAGUUGGAGGACUGCAAUCAUGUGCUGUGGGCAGUGA